UGCUGUUCAUUUUGCAUGGAGAUCAAAACGACCAAACGCCAAGACCAUAGCAAUAAUGUCUGCAGUACCUGGGGAAACAACCACUUUAAGACCUUCGAUGGGGACAUUUACCAGUUUCCUGGAACCUGUGAUUAUAAUUUUGUUUCUGACACUCAUCAUAUUCUGAAAGAAUUCUCUGUGCACAUCAGUCGCAAACUCAAAGAUGGCCACUUGAUGAUAGAUCACAUCACAGCAACAAUCAAGGAUUCUGAAAUUAAGCUGCGGCCCCAAUUUGUGGUUGUCAACGAAAAGAUAGUUUCACUACCUUACUAUGCACCUGGUCUAUACAUAGAAAGAAACAGUCAGUACACUAAACUCUAUGGUAAACCUGGAUUCAUGCUGAUAUGGAAUGAAGCAGAUGCUCUCAUGGUUGAGCUCGAUGAGAAGUUUCACAACCGGACCUAUGGGCUCUGUGGUGACUACAAUGGAAUUCCAGAUGGGCUACAAUCUACAGCCAAUGACUUUGGAAACCUACAACAAGUCCAUCAGCCCAAUCGGAUAUGUAAAGAUGUAGAGGACACACCAGAGGAAGACAAUGCUUUUUGUGAACAAUACAGAGAGUCCUGUGAAAAACUUCUCUCCAGAAAAGUGUUUGCAAGUUGCAAGUCCCGCUUAAACACCCAACGCUACAUUCAAGCUUGCAUGCUGGAUAUGUGCAGCUGCAAUAAUGUCCUAGACGGAUUCUGUCUAUGCAGCACAGUCUCUGAAUAUUCUAGACAGUGUGCCCAUGCUGGAGGAAAACCAGAGAAUUGGAGGACGGAGAAAUUUUGCCAUAUGGAAUGUCCUUACAAUAUGAUCCACAAGGAAAGUGGCUCUCCUUGUAUGGACACCUGUUCUCAUCUUGACACCAGUAGCUUGUGUGAGGAUCACCAUGUGGAUGGCUGCUUCUGCCCCCCAGGAACGGUGUUUGAUGAUUAUUCUAAAAGUGGGUGUAUCCCAGUGCAUGAGUGCAAAUGUACAAUGAAAGGAAAGCAUUACAAUCCAGGUUCCCUGGUCUCAUCGGAAUGUGAGGAAUGUGUUUGCAAUGGAGGUAAAUGGCUGUGCAAAAAUCUUCCUUGUCCCGGAGUUUGCUCAUUGGAGGGGGGCGCACAUUUCUCAACCUUUGACGGCAUGAAAUACACAUUUCAUGGUGCCUGUUUUUACACUCUCUCCAAGGACUGUAAAACCCAUCUGUACACUGUGCUAGUGGAGAUUAUUCAGUGUGGACGGAUGGAGACGGAAACCUGCUUAAAUUCAGUGGUGUUGUUAAGCGAAAAUAAACAUAGUGUGCUGGUUAUUUAUGCUGAUGGCAGCAUUUUUGUUGAUGGAAUAGAAGUUAGGUUGCCGUUGGUAACAGCAAAUUACACAAUUUUUAGACCAUCAACAUUCCACGUCCUGUUGGAGACCCGAUUUGGUUUGCAGCUGCAGAUCCAGCUGGUUCCUCUGAUGCAAGUGUACAUGACACUGGACCAAUCACAUAAGGAUAAGACAUGCGGUUUGUGUGGGAACUAUAAUGAUGUUCUGUACGAUGAUUACAAGACAGCCAAUGGCUUGAUUGAGGGAACAGCUGUGGCCUUUGCAAACACAUGGAAAGCCCAAACAAAAUGUCCAGACAAAUCUGAUCUUCUGGAAGACCCCUGCACUUCCAGUGUCGAAAACAAACAAUAUGCUGAUUUCAUGUGUUCUCACCUAACAAACCCAAAUGGAAAUUUUGCCGAGUGCCAUUCCACCAUUCACCCAGAUGAGUACUUUAAGAAAUGUACAUACGACACCUGCAACUGUGAGAACAACAAGGACUGCAUGUGUGCUGCCCUCUACUCAUAUGUUCGAGCUUGCGCAAGCAAAGGCAUCGUGUUAACUGGCUGGCAGGGAGAAAUCUGCAAUUCUUACACAAACACCUGCCCUGAGACACUUACCUACAGUUAUGAUAUGAAAAGUUGUGGGCGCACCUGUCUUUCUCUGAGCGAGAAGGACCCUACAUGCGGAAUUAAUCACGUGCCUGUGGAUGGGUGUGGCUGCGCUGAGGGACUAUACAUGAACAAAAAUGACAGAUGCGUGUCUUCGCAUGAGUGUCCAUGUCGCUACCAUGGCACCUACCUGAAACCCGGGGACAAAGUUCUACAAGAAAAUAUGAAAUGUGAGUGUAAAAAUGGGAAAAUCCAUUGCCCUUCUACGAUGUCAAUAUUCAAGAGUAGAUUCCACUGCGUUCCACCAAUGAUCUAUCGUGACUGUAAUGCUGUACCAGAUACAACAGGGAUAGAUUGUCCCAGGACCUGCGGAAACAUUCAAAGGGAUUGUUAUAAUGAGGAAUGCAGACCGGGCUGUAUAUGCCCCGACAAUCUGUUCAAAAACGAAGCUGGCAAAUGUGUCAUUGAAGACGAGUGCUACUGUUCACAUAACGGUACCUCUUAUUCACCUGGAUCCAGAAUUAAGACUGAUCGCAAAAUUAGCACAUGUCAGAAAGGCAUUUGGGGGGACUCUAUACCCAUUCCCUUCAUUGGAAAAUGCACAGCAUAUGGAAAUGGCCAUUACAUUACAUUUGAUGGUGUUCGUUAUAAUUUUGAUGGGAAUUGUGCAUACGUCCUGGUGCAGGAUUAUUGCGGAGACCAAUCCAGCAACGGCACUUUCAGCGUUGUUAUAGAAAACAUUCCCUGUGGGACCACUAAAACAACAUGCUAUAAGUCAAUCAAACUUUUCUUGAAUAAUUUUGAACUGGUUCUAGGUGAAGACAAACACAAAGCAAUAAGUCCAAAUGAAAAUGAACCAUUCCCUUUCAUUGUCCGUACUCUUGGCCUUUUUGUGGUGGUAGAAGCUAACAACGGAUUGACUUUAAUAUGGGACAAAAAGACUAGCAUCUUUAUCGAGCUGACAUCUUCUUACAAGGGAGAAGUUUGCGGAUUAUGUGGUAAUUUCGAUGGAAACUCCAAUGAAUUCACAACAAGGGGCCGGUAUACCGUUGCUGACGUUUAUGAGUUUGCAAACAGCUGGAAAGUGUCCCCUUUGUGUCAAGAUGCUAUUCAUGGCAAAGAUCCUUGCAUCGAACAUCCAGUUCGAAAUGUAUGGGCAAUUUCGAUAUGCCAGAUCAUUAUGAGUGAAGUCUUUAAAACGUGUCACGAAAAGGUUGAUGCAACUCCAUAUUUUGAUGCAUGCGUUCAUGAUUCGUGUUCCUGUGACACUGGUGGAGACUGCAUGUGUUUCUGUACUGCUGUAGCUGCCUACGCUUUUGCCUGCAAAGAAGCUGGUGCAUGUAUUGAUUGGAGGACUCCUGAUAUCUGCCCCAUGUUCUGUGAAUACUACAACCCUUCCUUGGAAGUUUGUGAUUGGCGCUAUUACCCCUGUGGAGCCAAUUUAAAAACCUGCCUGAACCCAGAGGGCCUCAAUGUCACUCUUCAGCUAGAAGGCUGCUAUCCUAAGUGUCCACCAGACAAGCCCAUCUAUGAUGAAAUUAAAAAAGAGUGUGUUGAGGACUGUCCCUGUUAUGAUGAAAAUAUGAACCGUUAUGAAUAUAAUGAGACUGUGCCGACCACCAAUAACUGUGAAAUAUGCUGGUGUACAUCAAAUGGCAUCAUAUGUUGGAAUGAUAGCAGUGCUUGUGUCUGUAUAUACAAUGGCACAGUAUACAGACCAGAUGAAGUCAUUUAUAACAUAACAGAUGGUUUGGGAGAUUGCAUUAUAGCAAUUUGUGCUGCCAAUGGAACAAUUAACAGGACUAUAGAGGACUGUACAACACCUACUCCAACCACAACUGCACUACCGAUUACAUCCACCUCUUCUAUCAUAUCCUCAACAACAUUCAUACCACCACCUUCAACGACCAUGACAACGCCAAAAAUAGCUACAACGACCUGUGUGAUAGUGCAGCAAUGUAACUGGACAGACUGGAUCAGUGUAAGUACUCCACAAUUUGGGCCUGGAGAAGGUGAUUUUGAAACUUACGAUAAAAUUAAGAAGGAAGGACAGGAAAUAUGUGACCCACCCAGUGAGAUUAAGUGCAGAUUAAUUCAGGCUCCGGAUGUCCCCUUGGAAAGCACAGGACAAACAGUUCAUUGCAACAUUUCUUUUGGACUCAUAUGCAAGAAUGAUGAACAACCAGACAUGGAAAUGUGUUAUAAUUAUGAAAUAAGCCUCUGCUGUCCAUACUAUAUUUGUCAACCUGACACGACUACACCUGAAAAUACAAUAUCAACAACAAGUCAGACAUCAAGUACUGAAACAAGUACACCGGUCACAACAACCUCAACUUUGACAACACCAACCAUAUCUAUCAUAACAGAGACACCAAAUCUGUCUUCAAGCUCAUUGGGAACAACUGGCACACCCAUAGUUACACCUUCAAAAACACCCACGACAACUAACACCACUGGCUCCCCACCAACUCCCAGCACUUCAACAUCAGGCAGCACAGAGGAAACAACCACAAUCUGCACAUCCGAAGCCACAGAAACAACAGAAGGUCCUCCUCACACUCCAACAACCACCAUCCUAACUACACCAACACACAGUACUCCAAGCACGCCAGGAGAAACAAGUAGCAAGAGCACCUUUUCGACAUCAACAUCCACAAGCGUUCCAACAACUGCAACAGAAGGAACAAUUAGUACAACAACCAUUCCUUCCACUUCGUCACCCAUCACAACAACUGGAACUCCAUCCACUCGACCAACAGAAGGAACAAUUAGCAAGACCACAGUCACACCGUCCGAAACACCCACAACAACCAGCACCACUGGCCCACCACCAACUCCCAGCACUUCAACAUCAGGUAGCACAGAGGAAACAACCACAAUCUGUACAUCCGAACCGACAGAAACAACAGAAGGUACCACCAUCAGCUCGACCAUCAUACAUUCGACAUCAACAUCCACAAGCGUUCCAACAACUGCAACAGAAGGAACAAUUAGUACAACAACCAUUCCUUCCACUUCAUCACCCACCACAACAACUGGAACUCCAUCCACUCCACCAACAGAAGGAACAAGUAAGAAGAGCACUGUUUCUCCAUCUACACCAUUCACCAGUGAAAUAUCAAAAACGACAACUCCUACAGGAUCCACUCCAACUCCCACCAUCCCAACUACUCCAAAACACACACCUCCAAGCACGACAGGAGAAACAAUUAGCAAGAGCACCUUUUCAACAUCUAUACCAUUCUCGACUGAAACAUCCACCACGACAACAUCAACUGGAUCCCCAUCUGUAACAACAGGGACAUUGUUUCCGUCAUCAACCUCACCCGGAACACCUGAGACACCCACAGUUACACCAUCCAAAACACCCACAGUCACACCAUCCAAAACACCCACAACAACCAGCACCACUGGCCCACCACCAACUCCCAGCACUUCAACAUCAGGUAGCACAGAGGAAACAACCACAAUCUGUACAUCCGAACCCACAGAAACAACGGAAGGUACCACCAUCAGCUCGACCAUCAUACAUUCGACACCAACAUCCACAAGCGUUCCAACAACUCCAACAGAAGGAACAAUAAGCACAACGACCAUUCCUUCUACUCAGUCACCCACCACAACAACAGGAACUCCAUCCCAUACACCAACAGAAGGAACAAGUAGCAAGAGCACUUUUUCUUCAUCUACACCAUUCACCACCCAAGCAUCCAAAACGACAACUCCUGCCGGGUCCACAGUUACUCCUUCCUCUCCAACUCCCACCAUCCCAACUACUCCAAAACACACACCUCCAAGCACGACAGGAGAAACAAGUAGCAAGAGCACCUUUUCAACAUCUACACCAUUCUCGACUGAAACAUCCACCACGACAACAUCAACUGGAUCCCCAUCUGUAACAACAGGGACAUUGUUUCCGUCAUCAACCUCACCCGGAACACCUGAGACACCCACAGUCACACCAUCCAAAACACCCACAGUCACACCAUCCAAAACACCCACAUCAACCAGCACCACUGGCCCACCACCAACUCCCAGCACUUCAACAUCAGGUACCACAGAGGAAACAACCACAAUCUGCACAUCCGAACCCACAGAAACAACGGAAGGUACCACCAUCAGCUCGACCAUCAUACAUUCGACAUCAACAUCCACAAGCGUUCCAACAACUGCAACAGAAGGAACAAUUAGUACAACAACCAUUCCUUCCACUUCAUCACCCACCACAACAACUGGAACUCCAUCCACUCCACCAACAGAAGGAACAAGUAGCAAGAGCACUGUUUCUCCAUCUACACCAUUCACCAGUGAAAUAUCAAAAACGACAACUCCGACAGGAUCCACUCCAACUCCCACCAUCCCAACUACUCCAAAACACACACCUCCAAGCACGACAGGAGAAACAAGUAGCAAGAGCACCUUUUCAACAUCUACACCAUUCUCGACUGAAACAUCCACCACGACAACAUCAACUGGAUCCCCAUCUGUAACAACAGGGACAUUGUUUCCGUCAUCAACCUCACCCGGUACACCUGAGACACCCACAGUUACACCAUCCAAAACACCCACAGUCACACCAUCCAAAACACCCACAACAACCAGCACCACUGGCCCACCACCAACUCCCAGCACUUCAACAUCAGGUACCACAGAGGAAACAACCACAAUCUGCACAUCCGAACCCACAGAAACAACGGAAGGUACCACCAUCACCUCGACCAUCAUACAUUCGACAACAACAUCCACAAGCGUUCCAACAACUCCAACAGAAGGAACAAUAAGCACAACGACCAUUCCUUCUACUCCGUCACCCACCACAACAACAGGAACUCCAUCCCAUACACCAACAGAAGGAACAAGUAGCAAGAGCACUUUUUCUUCAUCUACACCAUUCACCACCCAAGUAUCCAAAACGACAACUCCUGCCGGGUCCACAGUUACUCCUUCCUCUCCAACUCCCACCAUCCCAACUACUCCAAAACACACACCUCCAAGCACGACAGGAGAAACAAGUAGCAAGAGCACCUUUUCAACAUCUACACCAUUCUCGACUGAAACAUCCACCACGACAACAUCAACUGGAUCCCCAUCUGUAACAACAGGGACAUUGUUUCCGUCAUCAACCUCACCCGGAACACCUGAGACACCCACAGUUACACCAUCCAAAACACCCACAGUCACACCAUCCAAAACACCCACAACAACCAGCACCACUGGCCCACCACCAACUCCCAGCACUUCAACAUCAGGGAGCACAGAGGAAACAACCACAAUCUGUACAUCCGAACCCACAGAAACAACAGAAGGUCCUCCUCCCACUCCAACAACCACCAUCCCAACUAUACCAACACACAGUCCUCCAAGCACGCCAGGAGAAACAAGUAGCAAGAGCACCUUUUCGACAUCAACAUCCACAAGCGUUCCAACAACUGCAACAGAAGGAACAAUUAGCACAACAACCAUUCCUUCCACUUCAUCACCCACCACAACAACUGGAACUCCAUCCACUCCACCAACAGAAGGAACAAGUAAGAAGAGCACUUUUUCUCCAUCUACACCAUUCACCAGUGAAAUAUCAAAAACAACAACUCCUACAGGAUCCACUCCAACUCCCACCAUCCCAACUACUCCAAAACACACACCUCCAAGCACGACAGGAGAAACAAUUAGCAAGAGCACCUUUUCAACAUCUACACCAUUCUCGACUGCAACAUCCACCACGACAACAUCAACUGGAUCCCCAUCUGUGACAACAGGGACAUUGUUUCCGUCAUCAACCUCGCCCGGAACACCUGAGACACCCACAGUUACACCAUCCAAAACACCCACAGUCACACCAUCCAAAACACCCACAACAACCAGCACCACUGGCCCACCACCAACUCCCAGCACUUCAACAUCAGGUAGCACAGAGGAAACAACCACAAUCUGUACAUCUGAACCCACAGAAACAACAGAAGGUCCUACUUCCACUCCAACAACCACCAUCCCAACUCCACCAACACACAGUACUCCAAGCACGGCAGGAGAAACAAGUAGCAAGAGCACCUUUUCGCCAUCAACAUCCACAAGCGUUCCAACAACUGCAACAGAAGGAACAAUAAGCACAACGACCAUUCCUUCUACUCCGUCACCCACCACAACAACCGGAACUCCAUCCCAUACACCAACAGAAGGAACAAGUAGCAAGAGCACUUUUUCUCCAUCUACACCAUUCACCACUCCAGUAUCCAAAACGACAACUCCUACCGGGUCCACAGUUACUCCUUCCUCUCCAACUCCCACCAUCCCAACUACUCCAAAACACACACCUCCAAGCACGACAGGAGAAACAAGUAGCAAGAGCACCUUUUCGACGUCUACACCAUUCUCGACUGAAACAUCCACCACGACAACAUCAACUGGAUCCCCAUCUGUAACAACAGGGACAUCGUUUCCAUCAUCAACCUCACCCGGAACACCUGAGACACCCACAGUUACACCAUCCAAAACACCCACAGUCACACCAUCCAAAACACCCACAACAACCAGCACCAUUGGCCCACCACCAACUCCCAGCACUUCAACAUCAGGUAGCACAGAGGAAACAACCACAAUCUGUACAUCUGAACCCACAGAAACAACAGAAGGUCCUACUCCCACUCCAACAACCACCAUCCCAACUCUACCAACACACAGUACUCCAAGCACGGCAGGAGAAACAAGUAGCAAGAGCACCUUUUCGACAUCAACAUCCACAAGCGUUCCAACAACUGCAACAGAAGGAACAAUUAGCACAACAACCAUUCCUUCCACUUCAUCACCCACCACAACAACUGGAACUCCAUCCACUCCACCAACAGAAGGAACAAGUAAGAAGAGCACUUUUUCUCCAUCUACACCAUUCACCAGUGAAAUAUCAAAAACAACAACUCCUACAGGAUCCACUCCAACUCCCACCAUCCCAACUACUCCAAAACACACACCUCCAAGCACGACAGGAGAAACAAGUAGCAAGAGCACCUUUUCAACAUCUACACCAUUCUCGACUGAAACAUCCACCACGACAACAUCAACUGGAUCCCCAUCUGUGACAACAGGGACAUUGUUUCCGUCAUCAACCUCGCCCGGAACACCUGAGACACCCACAGUUACACCAUCCAAAACACCCACAGUCACACCAUCCAAAACACCCACAACAACCAGCACCACUGGCCCACCACCAACUCCCAGCACUUCAACAUCAGGUAGCACAGAGGAAACAACCACAAUCUGUACAUCUGAACCCACAGAAACAACAGAAGGUCCUACUUCCACUCCAACAACCACCAUCCCAACUCCACCAACACACAGUACUCCAAGCACGGCAGGAGAAACAAGUAGCAAGAGCACCUUUUCGCCAUCAACAUCCACAAGCGUUCCAACAACUGCAACAGAAGGAACAAUAAGCACAACGACCAUUCCUUCUACUCCGUCACCCACCACAACAACCGGAACUCCAUCCCAUACACCAACAGAAGGAACAAGUAGCAAGAGCACUUUUUCUCCAUCUACACCAUUCACCACUCCAGUAUCCAAAACGACAACUCCUACCGGGUCCACAGUUACUCCUUCCUCUCCAACUCCCACCAUCCCAACUACUCCAAAACACACACCUCCAAGCACGACAGGAGAAACAAGUAGCAAGAGCACCUUUUCAACAUCUACACCAUUCUCGACUGAAACAUCCACCACGACAACAUCAACUGGAUCCCCAUCUGUGACAACAGGGACAUUGUUUCCGUCAUCAACCUCACCCGGAACACCUGAGACACCCACAGUUACACCAUCCAAAACACCCACAGUCACACCAUCCAAAACACCCACAACAACCAGCACCACUGGCCCACCACCAACUCCCAGCACUUCAACAUCAGGUAGCACAGAGGAAACAACCACAAUCUGUACAUCUGAACCCACAGAAACAACAGAAGGUCCUACUUCCACUCCAACAACCACCAUCCCAACUCCACCAACACACAGUACUCCAAGCACGGCAGGAGAAACAAGUAGCAAGAGCACCUUUUCGCCAUCAACAUCCACAAGCGUUCCAACAACUGCAACAGAAGGAACAAUAAGCACAACGACCAUUCCUUCUACUCCGUCACCCACCACAACAACCGGAACUCCAUCCCAUACACCAACAGAAGGAACAAGUAGCAAGAGCACUUUUUCUCCAUCUACACCAUUCACCACUCCAGUAUCCAAAACGACAACUCCUACCGGGUCCACAGUUACUCCUUCCUCUCCAACUCCCACCAUCCCAACUACUCCAAAACACACACCUCCAAGCACGACAGGAGAAACAAGUAGCAAGAGCACCUUUUCGACGUCUACACCAUUCUCGACUGAAACAUCCACCACGACAACAUCAACUGGAUCCCCAUCUGUAACAACAGGGACAUCGUUUCCAUCAUCAACCUCACCCGGAACACCUGAGACACCCACAGUUACACCAUCCAAAACACCCACAGUCACACCAUCCAAAACACCCACAACAACCAGCACCACUGGCCCACCACCAACUCCCAGCACUUCAACAUCAGGUAGCACAGAGGAAACAACCACAAUCUGUACAUCUGAACCCACAGAAACAACAGAAGGUCCUACUCCCACUCCAACAACCACCAUCCCAACUCCACCAACACACAGUACUCCAAGCACGGCAGGAGAAACAAGUAGCAAGAGCACCUUUUCGACAUCAACAUCCACAAGCGUUCCAACAACUGCAACAGAAGGAACAAUUAGCACAACAACCAUUCCUUCCACUCCGUCACCCACCACAACAACUGGAACUCCAUCCCAUACACCAACAGAAGGAACAAGUAGCAAGAGCACUUUUUCUCCAUCUACACCAUUCACCAGUGAAAUAUCAAAAACAACAACUCCUACAGGAUCCACUCCAACUCCCACCAUCCCAACUACUCCAAAACACACACCUCCAAGCACGACAGGAGAAACAAGUAGCAAGAGCACCUUUUCAACAUCUACACCAUUCUCGACUGAAACAUCCACCACGACAACAUCAACUGGAUCCCCAUCUGUGACAACAGGGACAUUGUUUCCGUCAUCAACCUCGCCCGGAACACCUGAGACACCCACAGUUACACCAUCCAAAACACCCACAGUCACACCAUCCAAAACACCCACAACAACCAGCACCACUGGCCCACCACCAACUCCCAGCACUUCAACAUCAGGUAGCACAGAGGAAACAACCACAAUCUGUACAUCUGAACCCACAGAAACAACAGAAGGUCCUACUUCCACUCCAACAACCACCAUCCCAACUCCACCAACACACAGUACUCCAAGCACGGCAGGAGAAACAAGUAGCAAGAGCACCUUUUCGCCAUCAACAUCCACAAGCGUUCCAACAACUGCAACAGAAGGAACAAUAAGCACAACGACCAUUCCUUCUACUCCGUCACCCACCACAACAACCGGAACUCCAUCCCAUACACCAACAGAAGGAACAAGUAGCAAGAGCACUUUUUCUCCAUCUACACCAUUCACCACUCCAGUAUCCAAAACGACAACUCCUACCGGGUCCACAGUUACUCCUUCCUCUCCAACUCCCACCAUCCCAACUACUCCAAAACACACACCUCCAAGCACGACAGGAGAAACAAGUAGCAAGAGCACCUUUUCGACGUCUACACCAUUCUCGACUGAAACAUCCACCACAACAACAUCAACUGGAUCCCCAUCUGUAACAACAGGGACAUCGUUUCCAUCAUCAACCUCACCCGGAACACCUGAGACACCCACAGUUACACCAUCCAAAACACCCACAGUCACACCAUCCAAAACACCCACAACAACCAGCACCACUGGCCCACCACCAACUCCCAGCACUUCAACAUCAGGUAGCACAGAGGAAACAACCACAAUCUGUACAUCUGAACCCACAGAAACAACAGAAGGUCCUACUCCCACUCCAACAACCACCAUCCCAACUCCACCAACACACAGUACUCCAAGCACGGCAGGAGAAACAAGUAGCAAGAGCACCUUUUCGACAUCAACAUCCACAAGCGUUCCAACAACUGCAACAGAAGGAACAAUUAGCACAACAACCAUUCCUUCCACUCCGUCACCCACCACAACAACUGGAACUCCAUCCCAUACACCAACAGAAGGAACAAGUAGCAAGAGCACUUUUUCUCCAUCUACACCAUUCACCAGUGAAAUAUCAAAAACAACAACUCCUACAGGAUCCACUCCAACUCCCACCAUCCCAACUACUCCAAAACACACACCUCCAAGCACGACAGGAGAAACAAUUAGCAAGAGCACCUUUUCAACAUCUACACCAUUCUCGACUGAAACAUCCACCACGACAACAUCAACUGGAUCCCCAUCUGUGACAACAGGGACAUUGUUUCCGUCAUCAACCUCGCCCGGAACACCUGAGACACCCACAGUUACACCAUCCAAAACACCCACAGUCACACCAUCCAAAACACCCACAACAACCAGCACCACUGGCCCACCACCAACUCCCAGCACUUCAACAUCAGGUAGCACAGAGGAAACAACCACAAUCUGUACAUCUGAACCCACAGAAACAACAGAAGGUCCUACUUCCACUCCAACAACCACCAUCCCAACUCCACCAACACACAGUACUCCAAGCACGGCAGGAGAAACAAGUAGCAAGAGCACCUUUUCGCCAUCAACAUCCACAAGCGUUCCAACAACUGCAACAGAAGGAACAAUAAGCACAACGACAAUUCCUUCUACUCCGUCACCCACCACAACAACCGGAACUCCAUCCCAUACACCAACAGAAGGAACAAGUAGCAAGAGCACUUUUUCUCCAUCUACACCAUUCACCACUCCAGUAUCCAAAACGACAACUCCUACCGGGUCCACAGUUACUCCUUCCUCUCCAACUCCCACCAUCCCAACUACUCCAAAACACACACCUCCAAGCACGACAGGAGAAACAAGUAGCAAGAGCACCUUUUCGACGUCUACACCAUUCUCGACUGAAACAUCCACCACAACAACAUCAACUGGAUCCCCAUCUGUAACAACAGGGACAUCGUUUCCAUCAUCAACCUCACCCGGAACACCUGAGACACCCACAGUUACACCAUCCAAAACACCCACAGUCACACCAUCCAAAACACCCACAACAACCAGCACCAUUGGCCCACCACCAACUCCCAGCACUUCAACAUCAGGUAGCACAGAGGAAACAACCACAAUCUGUACAUCUGAACCCACAGAAACAACAGAAGGUCCUACUCCCUCUCCAACAACCACCAUCCCAACUCCACCAACACACAGUACUCCAAGCACGGCAGGAGAAACAAGUAGCAAGAGCACCUUUUCGACAUCAACAUCCACAAGCGUUCCAACAACUGCAACAGAAGGAACAAUUAGCACAACAACCAUUCCUUCCACUCCGUCACCCACCACAACAACUGGAACUCCAUCCCAUACACCAACAGAAGGAACAAGUAGCAAGAGCACUUUUUCUCCAUCUACACCAUUCACCAGUGAAAUAUCAAAAACAACAACUCCUACAGGAUCCACUCCAACUCCCACCAUCCCAACUACUCCAAAACACACACCUCCAAGCACGACAGGAGAAACAAGUAGCAAGAGCACCUUUUCAACAUCUACACCAUUCUCGACUGAAACAUCCACCACGACAACAUCAACUGGAUCCCCAUCUGUGACAACAGGGACAUUGUUUCCAUCAUCAACCUCACCCGGAACACCUGAGACACCCACAGUUACACCAUCCAAAACACCCACAGUCACACCAUCCAAAACACCCACAACAACCAGCACCAUUGGCCCACCACCAACUCCCAGCACUUCAACAUCAGGUAGCACAGAGGAAACAACCACAAUCUGUACAUCUGAACCCACAGAAACAACAGAAGGUCCUACUCCCACUCCAACAACCACCAUCCCAACUCCACCAACACACAGUACUCCAAGCACGGCAGGAGAAACAAGUAGCAAGAGCACCUUUUCGCCAUCAACAUCCACAAGCGUUCCAACAACUGCAACAGAAGGAACAAUUAGUACAACAACCAUUCCUUCCACUUCAUCACCCACCACAACAACUGGAACUCCAUCCACUCCACCAACAGAAGGAACAAGUAGCAAGAGCACUGUUUCUCCAUCUACACCAUUCACCAGUGAAAUAUCAAAAACAACAACUCCUACAGGAUCCACUCCAACUCCCACCAUCCCAACUACUCCAAAACACACACCUCCAAGCACGACAGGAGAAACAAGUAGCAAGAGCACCUUUUCAACAUCUACACCAUUCUCGACUGAAACAUCCACCACGACAACAUCAACUGGAUCCCCAUCUGUGACAACAGGGACAUUGUUUCCGUCAUCAACCUCACCCGGAACACCUGAGACACCCACAGUUACACCAUCCAAAACACCCACAGUCACACCAUCCAAAACACCCACAACAACCAGCACCACUGGCCCACCACCAACUCCCAGCACUUCAACAUCAGGUAGCACAGAGGAAACAACCACAAUCUGUACAUCUGAACCCACAGAAACAACAGAAGGUCCUACUUCCACUCCAACAACCACCAUCCCAACUCCACCAACACACAGUACUCCAAGCACGGCAGGAGAAACAAGUAGCAAGAGCACCUUUUCGCCAUCAACAUCCACAAGCGUUCCAACAACUGCAACAGAAGGAACAAUAAGCACAACGACCAUUCCUUCUACUCCGUCACCCACCACAACAACCGGAACUCCAUCCCAUACACCAACAGAAGGAACAAGUAGCAAGAGCACUUUUUCUCCAUCUACACCAUUCACCACUCCAGUAUCCAAAACGACAACUCCUACCGGGUCCACAGUUACUCCUUCCUCUCCAACUCCCACCAUCCCAACUACUCCAAAACACACACCUCCAAGCACGACAGGAGAAACAAGUAGCAAGAGCACCUUUUCGACGUCUACACCAUUCUCGACUGAAACAUCCACCACGACAACAUCAACUAGCUCACCGUUCACCACUGAAGUAUCUAUUACGACAACUGAAGUAAUAGAAACAACAACAUCUACAGGCACAACAUCUAUCACAGAGAUACCAAUUCCAUCAUCAACCUCUCCCGAAUCGAGUGAAACAAGUACUGUUACUCCAUCGAAAUCACUCCCAACAAUCAGUACUACUGGUUCCAUAACAACACCACCUUUUGCGCCCAUAAUAACUGUCAGCACUACUGUGACAUUCCCUAUACCAACGAGCCCAGAGGAAACAACGUUUGUUGCAUCAACACCAUUCACCACUGUAAUAUCUCACACAUUUCCAACUGGAUCCACUGGUUCUCGUUCUACUACAUUGCCCACAUCCACACCACGAUCGAGUAUUACAAGCACUGUUACUUCUUCAAAAACACCCACAACAACCAGCACAACAACUACUGUGACACCACCAACAUCAGGGAGCACAGAGGAAACAAGCACAAUUUGUACAACUGAAAUUACUGAAACUACAGAAAUGACACCAACUACAGAAAAAACAUCCACAGAAAUCAUUCAAACUCCUGCCUCGACAUCAACCACAAAAGAAGUGACAACUAGUACAACAGUUUCUCCAUCUGCUCCAACACCCACCACAACUGGAAAUCCAUUCAUUCCACCAAGCACAACUGGAGGAACAAGCAGCAAGGGCACCUUUUCUACAUCAACACCAUUCACCACUGAAAUUACUAAAACAACAACUCCUACUAUAUCCACAGUUACUUCGUCCUCUCCAACGACCAGGAUCACAACUGGAAGUCCGCCAUCUACUCCAACCACCACUGCAGAAACAAAAACCAAGACCAGUUUUCCUCCACAUACAUCAUUCAUCACUGUAGUAUCUAAACCAACAACUCCAACUGGGUCCAUUGGUAUUCCUUCUACUACAACGCCCACAACUGGAACUUCACCAACUCCUCCUAGCCCUCCUGAAGAAACAAGCAGUAAGAGCUCCUUUUCUCCAUCUACACUAACCACAACUGAAGUUGGUGAAACAACUUCUUCUGGCAUGACAUCUGUAAUCACAGAGACACCAAUUCCAUCAUCAACCUCAUCGGGAUCAAAUGUUACAAGCACUGUUACUUCUUCAAAAACACCCACGACAACCAGCACAACAACUACUGUGACACCACCAACCACUCCAAGUGCAAGUGCAACGUCUGUUCCAACAGCUUCUCCAACAACAACAAGCACCUCCAUGGUUUCCAAAACAUUUCAUCCAGUCAAAACAGAAGCAACGUACACAACGGCUUCUCAGUCAUCUAUGUUCACGAUGGAAUCAUCCACAGAAAUAACUUCAAUUCCUUCUCAACCUAUAACCUCUGUUACUCCACCUAUACCUUCUACAACAACCAGCACUUCUGGCUCAAUACCAACUCCUGCAACAUCAUCACCACCUAUUUACACAGAGGUAACUACAAUUUGUACAACAGAAAUGUCAGAAACAACUGAAAUCACAGAAACCACAGAAUUGACAAGCAGUACGCCCAUCGAAUCGCUUCAUACAACCCUGCCUCCAGAAUUACCGAUUUUCUCGACGACUCCAUCACCUUCUAUUUCAGUUACACCUGGCAGUGUGACCACAGGAAAUGUAUCCUCUAGCACCUCCGCUGAAUGGACGACAAUUGCCACUGUUACUGUUGCUGUAUCCCCAUCCACACUCACACCAACAACUUCCAUAACUGGAACUACUAUCAUGUUUCCUUCAAGUAGUUCUGCAUUGACCUCUAGUUCUGUGUUAUUUUCUACCUCCACUUCACCCAGCACAACAUAUUUGCCUUCUACUACGGAAUGCUUCUGCAUCUUGAAUGGCACAGUCUAUCCACAAGGUGCAAUUUUAUACAACUACACUGAUGAAACAGGAUACUGCAUUUGGGCAUUCUGUAAUGAAACAUGCAUUGUCGAAAAACAUAUUGAACCUUGUAUCAGCAUAACAACUCAACCAACCACAAGCUCCAAGACUGAAGAAUCAACUGAACCUAUGACUACUGCUAAACAAACAACAGUUGAAUCCACAACAAGCACAACACAAGAUUGUCCUGAUUUUGAUCCGCCAAGACUACAUAAUGAGACCUGGCAUAUUUGUGACUGUCUCAUGGCAACAUGUAUCGUAAACAAUGUUGUAGCCAUAACACCUAUUGUGUGUCCUCCUGUUGAAAAUAUCAUCUGCGCCAAUGGCUAUUCACCUGCCCAAGUUUAUGACGACUACCACUGCUGUCUCCAUUCUGAAUGUGGCUGCCAGUGCAGCGGAUGGGGAGGCUCACAUUACGUUACAUUUGAUGGGCAACAGUACAAUUAUGAAGGAAACUGUACUUACGUUCUCGUGGAGGAAAUCAACACGACACAUAACUUUGGAGUUUACAUCGACAACUAUGAAUGCAAUUCACAGGAUGGAUCAUCCUGUCUACGUGCCAUGAUAGUGAAGUUUGACAAAGUAGAAAUACAAAUAAAAAAUAAUGGUACUAAUGGAGGUCAAUUUCUGGUGACUGUAAAAGGUACUAAUGUUUCACUGCCAUACUCAAAUUACGGAGUGAGCAUCUUCAGCCUAACCACUCAUGUAACAGUAGAAAUUCCUAAAAUAGAGGCACAGAUUAUCUUCUAUGGCAUGGGUUUCUCAGUCAAACUCCCAUACAAAUUUUUUGGAAACAAUACACAGGGACAGUGCGGAACAUGCACUAAUGACCAGAGUGAUGACUGUAUGCUACCAAAUGGAAAACAGGCAUCCUCCUGCUCUGAAAUGGCUGCUCACUGGCAAGUCAAAGAUGCCAACAAACCAAACUGUAAUGCUCCACCCUCAUCAUCUGCAACUCCACGACCUCAUGUGACACCUAGUGACCAGAUAACACAACAUCCUUGCGACUCAAAUUCUGUCUGCAACCUGUUUAAAACCAAAUUGUUUGAACUGUGCGAUCAGGGAUUUUCAUCAAACUUCUACUACGAUGCUUGCAUCAUUGAUGGAUGUGUAAACCAAGACAUCAAAAAGGCAUGCACCAGUUUGCAAAUGUAUGCAGCUGAGUGCAUGUCACGCAAACAACUCUGCAUUGACUGGAGAAAUUACACUGGAGGACAAUGCUCCUUGAAAUGUCCUUCAAACAAGAUUUACAAAACGUGUGAGAGUUCUAAGGAACAAACUUGCACUCCAAGCAAUGAAAAUGUUCUACAACCAGAAGGAUGUUUCUGUCCAGGCAAUACCAUCAAUUUCAGCCCUGGGAGUGAUAUAUGUGUAGACAAAUGGGAAGGAUGCAUGGGACCUGAUGGAGUACACAGAAAGUUUGGAGAAAGUUUUGAAUUCAAAUGUCAAGACUGCAUCUGUGAUAACAUUACACAACAAGUUAUCUGUCAGCCACACAAAUGUGAUUCUUCCCCGUCAGUGACGUGUGAUGGAGAUGGAUUUAUUGUUGCUAAAGUGCCAAACCCAAAGGACCAUUGUUGCAUGGAAACAGAGUGCAAGUGCAUCAUCAGCCUUUGCAAUUCAACGGAAAUUAAAUGUGAUCUUGGAUUUAACAUUGUAACAAAAACCCCAGAUGGAAAGUGCUGUCCAGUUUCUACAUGUGAACCAAUGGGUGUAUGUGUAAAUGAAGGGGCAGAGUAUCGUCCCGGAGCAGAUAUUCCUUUAAGCAAAUGUCAAAGGUGUACAUGUACCAAUGAAACCAACCCAGAAACUCAGCUAAACAAAAUUAGUUGCCAAAAUGUUGAAUGUAACAAGAAGUGCGAACAAGGUUUUGAAUAUCAAGAAAUGACAGAUGAAUGCUGUGGUAAAUGUGUCCAAGUUAAAUGCUUGGUAGAUCUUGGUGACCAACCUGUCGUUCUACUGCCGCCUGGGGAUGAAUUGCCUUCACCUUACAACAACUGUACGGUUUUUGGAUGCACACAAAUACACGACUUUCUUUUACUUAAUGUUUCCAAAAUCAUUUGCCCGGAUUUUGAUGAAGAUAACUGUGAGCCGGGAACAAUUAGUAUAACUGAAAAUGGCUGCUGUAAAACAUGUCAUGAGAAGGAGACUUGUAAGCGUCUAAGACAAAAGACCCAGAUUAAGUACGAAGGCUGUGUGGCUCUAGAGGAGGCGGAAACCGCAUCAUGUGAAGGGACGUGUGAUGCUCACUCCAUGUAUUCUACAGAAGCAAAUUCAAUGGACCAUAAGUGCACUUGCUGUCAAGAGACAAUGACACACGAAAAGGAAAUUCUCUUGCUGUGUCCCGAUGGAACCACUAUUCAGCACCGUUACAUCUAUGUUGACGAAUGUAAUUGUGUAAAAAUGAACUGUGAGGAAAUAACAAACACAACCAGUCAAAGCAGGAUAUCUUCAGGAAAAUCAAGCUCAGAUACAAGCAACCUAAUUGAAGUAAAAACUAUCUUGAAUAAUUCAAAAGAAAACAAACACAAUCUAUCAUUGAGUAAAGGAGGUACGUCCAAUAACAGUAACAAAAAUAAAUCAGAAAGCCACAAAAACGGGCCUCAAGAAUACAAACCUGAGGAUAAAAAGCAAAGACGUGUUAGGCGAGCAAAUAUGAAGAGGCAGUUAAAGCAGGCGUAAAUUAAACCAAAGAUCUUAACAUAAAGAUUCCCGGCUAAGAUAAAACAGGAAAUUAAAUUAAUUUUGUUAGUAAAAUUUGGCAACUCAGCAGUUUCAAAGCUUACACUAUUGCUGUUUAUUAUUAAUUACUCUUUUAUUUCUGCUUAGUGCUCAGUUUCUAAUGCUACAAUUGUACUAUUAACCCAAGAGGAACUUUUUGUAUUUAUUACCUUAGAUGAUAAAUAUUCUUACUCUCUGUGCAAAAGAAAAUGUUUAUCCGCUGCUAAUAGUUCUAAUAAAUAAAUCAACCAUACAUGUUUAAAAAGCAA